CAAAAAUAUAAAUAAAAAAGUUAGGAGGUCAUGGCAAGUUCCCCUAACUCUGCCAUUGAAGUAGACAAUUUUAAGGUAUGAAUGAAGAUGAAUAUGAUGAUUAUGUUCAUGCUCAGUGAAUGAAGUUUCCAAGCUCUCCUUCUGCUUUGCCCAACCAACUCCCCCACUUACUUCAUAAUCUCCCUACUACACUUUACCACCAAUCAUGUUUCAUCGCCCAUUACUUGCGCAUCAGCAAGAGCGUUCCCCACUUGAAACAGACUCACGCUCUCCUACUCAAACUCUCCACUGACUCUCCCAAUUAUCAUCUUUUACUGGCUCGUUUACUCUCUCACCUUCUGCUAUUGCCUGGUGGAGACACUCUUCGUUACGCCCUCAACCUGUUCGACGAAAUACCCAACUGCAGAAACCAGUUUAUUUGGACCUCUCUGAUACGCUACAAUGUCGUCCUUGACAAAUUCAAGGAAUCCUUUGUUUUAUACGCUGAAAUGCAACGAGAGGGCAUUCCUCCAUCUGGGUUUACUUUCUCUUCUGUGCUCAAUGCUUGUGCUCGCAUGCCGGCAGUAUUCCAAGGUAGGCAAAUCAAUGCCAAGAUUGUACGAACUGGUUUUAUGGGGAACAAAGUUGUGCAGACGGCGCUUCUCGACAUGUAUGCGAAAUGUGGGUUCGUUGGGGACGCUAGAGAUGUUUUCGAUAGAAUGGUUGAUAGAGAUGUGAUUGCUUGGACUGCCAUGAUUUCUGGUUAUACUAAGAGGUGUAUGAUGGAGGACGCUAGGCGGUUGUUUAAUAACAUGGGGCAGCGGAAUGUAAUAUCUUGGACUACUAUGGUUGCUGGGUACGCGAAUUGUGGUGAUAUGGAAGCAGCAAAAGAGUUGUAUGACAAAAUGGAGGAGAAAAACUUAAUCACAUGGGUAGCAAUGGUGGCAGGGUAUGGCAAGUGUGGCAAUGUUAGGGAAGCCCGAAGAGUUUUUGAUGAGAUACCAAACCAGGAUGCAUCUUCUUGGGCAGCAAUGGUGGCUUGCUAUGCUCAGAAUGGUUAUGCAAAGGAAGCCAUCAACAUGUACAAGAAGAUGAGAGAACAAAAUGUGACAAUCGAUGAAGUGGCAAUGGUGGGAGCUAUCUCAGCUUGUACACAACUUGGUGAUGCUGAAAUGGCAGCCACAUUAGUGAACCAUGUGGACCAAGGAUGCUGUUGUAGAUCACUUUUCGUGUCCAAUGCCUUGAUCCAUUUGCACUCAAAAUGUGGUAAUCUGGAGGAGGCAGUGAAAGAAUUCAAUAGAAUGAACGAAAAAGAUGUUGUCUCCUAUACUGCUUUGAUCACAGCACUUGGUGACCAUGGAAAAGCCAAAAGAGCUUUGCAACUUUUCUCAAAGAUGCAAAAGGAUGGAAUAACACCAAACCAGGUUACAUUCAUAGGAGUGCUUAAUGCAUGUAGUUUUGCAGGCCUAGUUGAGGAUGGGUGUCGAUAUUUUGAGCUCAUGACUCGGGUAUAUCGCAUCAAACCGUUGAAUGAGCACUAUGCUUGCAUCAUUGAUCUUCUUGGAAGGGCUGGGCUACUUGGAAAGGCAUACACUUUCAUCAAGAAAAAUGGGAACGUUGCAGAUGCAAAGAUAUGGAGUUCUUUGUUAGCAUCUUGUAAGGUUCAUGGUAAUGAAGAAUUAGCCAAGAUUGCAGCCAUGCAUCUGUUCGAAAUAGAGCCUGAGAACACAGGAACAUAUGUGCUUUUGGCAAGUAUAUAUGCAGCUAUGAAUAAGUGGGAUGAUGCUGAGAGAGUGAGAACGAUGAUGACUGAAAAGGGCAUACGAAAAUCUCCUGGACGUAGCUGGAUUUCACUCAUGAGAUGAACUUUAAUUUCAUCUCUUAGGCUGGAUGAGUUAAAAAUAGAUUUCUGCACUGAAUGUCCAAACUUGUUUGAUGCCACUAAUGAAAUGACUGAAAAUCCUCUAUGAUGGAUUGGUGUUAAAUUA